CGGACAUCAUCAAAUCGCAGUCCGAACUCAGUUCCUUUCUCCAGCACAAGUCUGAAGGAAGCAGAGAAACCACGCAGCACCAGAGCACAGUCCACCGGCUCGUCUCAGUAUGUAUGAGUAACUCAGUAAGCUAUAUGAGGCAGAAAUACCCGGUGUGAAAGAAGGACGACAGACCAGACGGAGGUCGGCAUAUCUCAGGGUCGUCAAAUUGGCCGCUCCUAUACAAUUAAACGGGAGGCUCUUCAUUUUUAUGAUCCUCGGUUGUACACAUCUUAGAACUGCCCAUCCUCCACCUCCAACCCUGAGAGGCAAAGCGUCAAGAUCCACAUAGAAGCGAAGCCACCAUGGCUCCAGAAUUCUGUGCGUCACUUUGGUGAGCGUGGGGCCGUCAGAGGACAGAAGACAUGUUGGGACAGAGGGCUGGGCACCGCAUUGAAGCUUGCUGUAGUAACCAUGGAAACGGUGUGGAGGAGUUUGGCCUGCAUUGGCAUCAUCGCCAUGGUUGCCAGUGGAGUGGCAGAGAGUUGGAGUCCUGAGGAGUUUGCUCAGUCUCAAGCUGAGUUUCUGUCCAGCUUGGGCCAGUAUGAGAUCGCCAUCCCAGUGCGUGUGGGGCCACAUGGGGAUGUGCUAUCGGAAGAGGAGACCUCUCACAGGAAUGGCAGACACCGGCGUAGCACGGAAACGCAGAGCGUUCCAGAGCCGCAGCUGUACUAUCAGCUCUCCACGUCGAGUGCUGACCUUUUGCUCAACCUCACACUGCAGGGAGGACUGCUCUCGCGACAGUUCCGUGUGGAAUACUGGAAGAAGGGCCGCUUGGCUUGGAGUCACCCAUACUUGCCCAACUGCCACUAUGUGGGUCACCUACAACACCAGCCUCACUCUAGUUCUGUUGCUCUAAGCAACUGUAAUGGCCUGCAAGGGGUCAUUGUAGCUGGAGGUGAGGAGUACCUUAUCGAACCCCUGGUUUCUGCUCAAAACUUCACUAAUGAGGAUGGCAGAGAAGGGCGCCCCCAUGUGGUGUACAAACGGUCGUCUAUAAGAUACCAAAACAUGGACCAGUCCUGUGGAGUCAUCGAUGAAAAGCCUGGUAAAAGCUAUGGAUGGUGGCAGAGAACGAUAAAGCCCUCACCCAACCAGAUGGGACGGGGCCAGUUACCACUGAAGCGUUCUGUCAGCCGAGAACGCUACGUGGAAACCCUGGUGGUGGCCGAUAAGAUGAUGGUCAGCUAUCACGGCCGUCGCGAUAUCGAGCAGUACAUUCUGGCUGUCAUGAAUAUUGUUGCCAAACUGUUCCAGGAUUCUAGCCUGGGGAAUGCAGUGAACAUCGUUGUGACGAGGCUUAUUCUACUGAUGGAAGACCAGCCUACACUAGAGGUAAACCAUCAUGCAGGGAAGUCUUUAGACAGUUUCUGCAAGUGGCAAAAGUCCAUCCUGCACCGGAAUGGACAUGGAAAUGCCAUCCCUGACAAUGGAAUCGCUCACCAUGAUACAGCAGUCCUCAUCACCAGGUAUGACAUCUGCAUCUACAAGAACAAACCCUGUGGAACACUUGGUCUGGCACCUGUUGGCGGUAUGUGUGAGCCAGAGAGAAGCUGUAGCAUCAAUGAAGACAUUGGUCUGGCAACUGCUUUCACCAUUGCACACGAGAUAGGACACACGUUUGGGAUGAAUCAUGAUGGUGUUGGCAAUGCAUGUGGGGUGCGCAGUCAGGAGACUGCUAAACUGAUGGCUGCCCACAUCACCAUGAAGACUAACCCCUUCGUCUGGUCUGCCUGCAGCCGUGAUUACAUCACCAACUUCCUCGACUCUGGCAUGGGUUCCUGCCUCAACAAUGUUCCCCCUAAGCAGGAAUUUGUUUACCCCACCACAGCCCCUGGCCAAGCCUAUGAUGCAGACGAGCAGUGCCGCUUUCAGUACGGAGUGAAGUCUCGUCAGUGUAAAUACGGGGAAGUGUGCAGUGAGCUUUGGUGCAUGAGUAAAGGGAAUCGCUGCAUCACCAGUAGUAUCCCAGCAGCCGAGGGCACCAUCUGUCAAACCAGCACCAUCGAAAAAGGGUGGUGCUACAAAAGAGUGUGUGUGCCAUAUGGAACACGUCCAGAGGGGGUAGAUGGUGGGUGGGGCCACUGGUCGCCAUGGGAAGAGUGUAGUCGCACCUGUGGGGGUGGAGUCUCAUCCUCUAUUCGCCAUUGUGACAGCCCCAGGCCAACAGUUGGAGGGAAAUAUUGUCUGGGAGAGAGGAAGCGCUUCAGGUCCUGCAACAUUGAUGAGUGCCCAGCCGGAUCUCAGGAUUUUCGGGAGAUUCAGUGCUCGGACUUUGACAGUGUUCCCUUCCGGGGGAAAUUCUAUACCUGGAAGCCAUACAGGGGUGGUGGAGUGAAGUCAUGUUCUCUGAACUGCCUGGCAGAGGGCUAUAACUUCUACACUGAGCGCGCUCCAGCUGUGGUGGAUGGCACACCUUGCAGGGACGACUCUCUGGACGUUUGUGUCAAUGGCGAGUGCAAGCAUGUGGGAUGUGACCGGAUCCUAGGCUCGGAUGUUCGGGAAGAUCGCUGCCGCAUUUGUGGAGGAGAUGGGAGCAGCUGCCAGGUCAUCGAGGGGGUCUUCAAUGACUCCUUAUCUGAAGGAGGUUAUGAGGAGGUGGUCAGAAUCCCCAAAGGAUCUGUAUUCAUACACAUCCAAGAGCUCAACGUCUCUCACAAUUACUUGGUGUUGAAGAGUAAAGGGGAUCAGUACUUCAUCAAUGGCAAGCUGACCAUCGACACGCCAAGACGCUUCGACAUCGCGGGAACCACCUUCCACUACCGCCGACCUGCCAAUGAACCAGAGACCCUGGAAGCACUUGGACCCACCAACAUGACCCUGAUCGUCAUGGUGUUGGUCCGUGAAGAAAAUCCUGGAAUCCUUUACCGUUUUAACCCACCUGUCAGCAGAGAUCCCCUGAGCAGUUAUGCCUGGCAUUAUACAUCCUGGUCCCGCUGCUCUGCACUGUGUGCUGGAGGGGUUCAAGUCCAGCAGGUAGUGUGCAAGAAACAAGCUGAUCUCUCUGUGGUGUACAACCACUUCUGCGACAAGAAGAACAAGCCCAAAGACAAGAAAAGACCCUGCAACCAGGAGCCCUGCCCUCCAACGUGGUGGACAGGAGACUGGUCAGAUUGCAGUCGGAGCUGUAACGGAGGAGUGCGUACACGGGAAGUGCUGUGUAAGAGAAAAAUCUCGGCUACAGAGGAGAAAGUCCUGGAUGACGCGACCUGCCCCCCUCCACGGCCUUCUGUCACUGAGCCCUGCAACAACCAAACCUGCCCACCAGAAUGGCAUGCCCUCGACUGGUCUGAGUGUACUCCAAGCUGUGGCCCUGGUUACAGGUACAGACUGAUUUUGUGCAGAAGUGGAGAGAAUGGUGAAACACUGCCAGAGUCUGAGUGCCCGAAACAAAGCCGCCCGACCACCAGGGUGCGCUGCAACAUACAACGUUGUCCUCCACCUCAGUGGAUUACAGGACCCUGGGGAGAGUGCUCGGCUAGAUGUGGUAUGGGUCAGGAGCUUCGUUCAGUGCAGUGUCUGACACACUCUCGCCAGCCAUCCAAUGAGUGCCCUGAGACUCAUCGUCCCGCCUCCAUGCAGCAGUGCAAGAGCAAGUGUGACAACAGUGGCCCUACAGAUAACCCUGAAGAGUGUAAAGAUGUGAACACAGUAGCAUACUGCCCUCUGGUGCUCAGGUUCAAAUUUUGCAGCCGUGCAUACUUCAGACAGAUGUGCUGCAAAACCUGCCAAGGACACUGACCUCCCUCUCUCUCUCUCUCUCUCUCUCUCACACACACACACGUUCUUUAUGUCUCUCUCCUGCCCCCAUUUUCUUCCCUCUCCGACCCUCCCGUCUUCUCGCAUGGCCAAAACCGCCCAUGCUCAGCAUUCCGCUGGAGGAGUGCUGUUAACCACUGGCAGACUGACAUCAUCGUGAGAGAAAGCACGGAAGAAAUGAGAGCGAGAGAGAGACGUGAAAAGAAAGAGAGAGAGAAAGUCUGUGCUGCUCUCUUUCUCUCCCUCUGACCAGCUGCUUCGGCACUGCUGCUGUGAAAACCAGUCUGCUCAAAAGACAUCUGUCAAUGUUACUUUUGCUCUUCCAUGAGGUGCUUUCGCCCAUCACUGUCAUACAGAGAAGUGUUUGCGUGAACUGUCACAGCUGUACUGCUAAAUCUCAGUGAAUAAUAGUUGUCUAUUAUUGUAAUGUGAUAAAAUAAGCAUUUAUAUACCAGUUGUCCUUAGUCUCAAAGGUGCACUCAGUAAUUUUUUUUGUUUGUGUGUAGUGCUGGUCGUUUUGGACUUAUACUGAUACCUAGUGUUUUGGAUGAAUCAUGUGGUCAUGUGAUCAUGGCUACCCCCAUGAGAGACCCACUCCAUGUAAAACAACUCUUGUUAGGCUUGGAUGUUAAACGUAUCAAAACAUGUCAUGUCAAAAGGACUUUUUACUUUGCAUAUCUUUACAAUUUCAUUUCUGAAAAACAUUACUGAGUGCAUCUUUAAAGGGAUAAUUCACCCAAAAAUGAAAAUUCUGUUAUUAUUUACUCACUCUCAUGUUGUUACAAACCUGUAUGACUUUCCUUGCUCUCUAGAACACAAAAAAUAACUAUAUGUCCAUACAAUAAAAUGCAUUUUUCUAAAUAUCUAUUUUUGUGUUCCACAGGGAAAAAAUCAGUCAUUAUGGUUUAGAAUAACAUGAAAGUAAUUUAUGCAUUUUCAUUUAUGGGCGAACUAUCCCUUUAAGGGCCUUUUCACUUACAGCAAUUUACAAAGCAACCAACAGUUAACUAGUUUAAUGAGAUUUGGUGAUUUAAAACGUCAUGAGUAAAGGUGUGGUCACAUUUACCUCUGUCUUGAGAAUUUUCACGAUGAAAUAUAGACAUUUCAAUGGGAAUUUCACUUAAGGGGGAAAUUUUCCCUGCACAGAUUUUGCAAUUAAUUUUGCAGGUUGCGAAAUCGCUACAUUGAGCUAUUUGUUUUGAACGAAACUUGUAUGUGAGCUGUGCAUUGUACAUUGCUACACUAUGCUAUAAACUAUGCCUAACACUUUUGCAAACAAUUAUUUGCUGAAAAUUCACUAAUGUGACCUCACCUUGUUGCUUCAUGAUACAGAUGAAUGCUGCAGUUUAAUAGGAACAUUUAAUAGCAGUGACUUGUUGACAUUGGUCAAUAAAAUCGCUGUCUGUAUGAAGUGCCCUUUAGAGACACUCCAGAUUACUCAUUACUAUCAUAAGCUCUCAUUCGGUGUGGUUGGUGCUGAGAUACUGUAUCAUUUAAUCUGACGGCCUUGUGGCUAUUUGCAGGUGCUGUGCCAUUUUCUUGCCAUCUGGUCCCAUAAUGCUUACACUACUUAAUCAUAAGAUAUUGUGCAUCAGUCAAACCUGGAUGAACAAUUAACUGUUUAGCAAACAGAGGGAAACGAGAGGUAAGGUCAGUUUAGUUUCCGUGCACAAUGUCAAAGUACAUUAAGAGGUCAAUGGAAGCUGUUGUUGAACCAUGUGGUGGUUAUAUUGUUAUUUUCAGACACUUUUUACCUACGAUAACGUACUGUACUUUUAAUGCAUCACAAGUCUGCAUGCAGCAACUGUGGUGACAGUAUAGAAUUGUGACCCAUGCAACCUUGCAGUUUCAUUUUAUCAGGUCAGGAACACAUUUUCAUACUAUCACCUUUGAUAGCAAUAGUUUGGCCAAAAAUGAUUGGCCAUACUUGACCCUUAUGUUGUUCAAAACCUUUAUUUUUCUUCUGUGCAAAACACAAUGACGAUUCACACAGCUGAAAUUUUAAAAAGCAAGUAUGUUUAAAUUACUCUACAACCGUACACCAUACAUUUUUUUAUAAUGGUAAAAUACCAGAAUGUAAGUCAUUGUUUGUAGUGACAAUCCAAAACCAAUGGCAUUUAAAUAUGCACUUUGAGAGUAAAGGGGAAGAAUUAGGGUGGAAGUAAUAUUUUUUAAUCAUUUUAUUUCGGUUCUGUUCCUCACAAAAGAAUACAUGUUGCUUAUAAGGGUUUGGAACAGCAUAACAGUGAUUAAAUGACAGAAUCGUCAGUUUUAGGUGAACUCUUCCAACAUUCAGUGUUUUCAUAACAUAGCGUUUGGAAUCCCUUUCAGAACUUACAGUUUCCUUUUACCCAUUUCUAACCCAAAUAUCAACAUUUAGCUCAAAUUUGCCAACUUAUUAGUGUCAGUCACCAUUAGAGAGCCAUAACAGACCUUCUGCCCAUCCUGGGUCCUGGCAGCACACGUCGAAUGUUUGAUUUGAAGAGCAGAUCUUGAAGAGGUGGCUGGUGGCUAAUCUGUGGUGCUACAGUAUGGUGCUAUGUCUUUAUUUGUCAUAAUCUCAAGAUUCAAGUUAUUUUUAUAUUUUAGGUAUUGUUUUGCUAAAGGUAAUACAUUUGCUAAGGAAAAAUAUAUAUAUAAGCAAGAUUCUAUGAAAACUAGAAUUAUUGUUAAAGUCUCUCUGUAGAGACACUAACUUUGUAAUCAUUCUUUGGUACAAUUAUUAUGUGAAAGAUGAAAAUGCUGUUUUGCUUUUGAUGUUAAGCUUGUUAUCUUUCAGUUUUGCAGUGUGUUACUACAUUCGCAAUCACUGUAGAUUCACUUUGGAAUUGCAGUCACACUUGUUUAUUUGGACUUUGUUUAAUGUUGAUUUUCACAUGCAACUCGGUAACAUGCUGUACUGUCAAGUGCUUGUGAUGUAGUUUAUGUCCUCUGAACUGUAUCUAGACCAGUUGAAAUAAUUUGAAUAAAAAGAUGCAUUGUGUACAAAUAAUA